AUGGUGAUGCCUCGUGUGGCCACGGGCUUCAUCUCCUUUUUGUCCCUACAGGUCUUCAGGACUAUGGCAUAUUCUUUGAUCCCAAAGCCGUCUUCGUCGCUCCUUUGGAUGGACGUCACGAUGUUCACAAUGACGGUGAUAAUGUUUGCCAGCGUUUUGGAAAAUGUUCUGGCACAGGCAGUGCGAGCAAAUGUGUCAAGCCACGCCGCAAAAUUUGUGGACAACCUCUCAAAGGUGACUUUCCCAGUGACGGGUGUGACGAUGCUGACAGUGCUUUUCUGGAUGGGAGCAAUGAAUGUGGCUACUGAUUGGCUCAUGGCAGUGUGCAUCAUGAUCCUCUCAUUCUGGCUUCUCUCCUUUAACCUAGCGAUCUUUCUGUAUAUUCGCUGCUUGGAAUCUACAUUGAUGAAGACCCUGGUGGAGCAGAUCGCGCAUCCAGAUUUUCGCUAUCGUGGCAUGAAAUCCUUGGACCAGAAGGAACUAUCCAUCGUCUUUAAAGCCUUUGACAAGGAUGGCACCGGCGAUGUGACAGCAGAUGAGGUUUUGGACUGUUUUGGUGACCACGGUCUUUCUUUCAAGAGAGAGGACGAUGAGACUCAUUUCAGGAUCCGGUUGAGGGACAUGUUCCAAAAGAAGGGCAAGAACAACAGGCUGGAUCUCAAUGGCUUCUGUUUUCACUUUGCUGAGCUCUUUAGGUAUCAUUCUCCACAAACGGAAGACGAGGAGGAGCAGGAUCAAAAAGCAUUUGGUGGCACGACUUGGAUAUAA